GCCCCGGACUCGGCCGCUCGGAGACGGUAACGGGGGGAGGGAACGCAGGGCGACGCUCUUGCUGCCGCUGCGCUACGGGAGCCGGGACGCAGAGUGCGUGGAGAUGAGGGAGGGGGUUGCGCUGGGAGAGCGCACGGCCGCUACCCCGCCAUGGUUUGUGCUUCUGCUGUAGCAGGUACAGCCCAGAAAAGGGAAAAAAGGGAAUGCCUUGCAUCUUUAAUUGCUGCCAUAAAUAACCUCUUAAACCUUGUGAGAAAGCUAACAAGGCCAAGCCACUUUUGAGUUCCCAAGGCGAUACACACUUGUCACCCGGUCGCACAGACUUCAUGUGAACAAAUGGCAAAUGCUGAAGUAAGCAUUCCUGUAGGAGAUGUGGUGGUUGUGCCAACGGAAGCAACGGAGGGGGGAAACCCAGAAGAUACCAAAACCCAGGUCAUAUUACAACUACAGCCAGUGCAGCAAGGCAGGCUUUAUCAAGAGGGCUCCGAGACUAGUGCAGCCGUGAUGGCUGUAGAAACGCAUACCAUACACAAACUUGAAGAUGGCAUUGAUGCCAGUGCCAUUGAAACCAAUGAGGAAAUUGAGAUUGCCUAUCCCAUUACCUGUGGAGAUAGCAAGGCCAUCUUGCUCUGGAAGAAAUUUGUUUGCCCAGGAAUCAAUGUCAAAUGUGUUAAGUUCAAUGACCAGCUUAUCAGCCCCAAGCACUUUGUUCACCUGGCUGGCAAGUCCACCCUGAAGGACUGGAAGCGAGCCAUCCGCCUAGGAGGAAUCAUGCUGAGAAAGAUGAUGGACUCUGGGCAAAUUGACUUCUAUCAGCAUGACAAAGUGUGUACCAACACCUGCCGAAGCACCAAGUUUGACCUCCUGUUUAGCAGUGCCAGGGCCCCAGUACCAGGGCAACAAAGCCUGGUACAGACGCCCACAUCUGCUGAUGGAAGCAUCACACAAAUCGCAGUGUCUGAGGAAAGUGUAGAAGAAGGGAUUGAAUGGAAUUCUGCUAUGACAGCAGCAGUCACUAUGGCAACUGAUGAGGGAAUCAAGAAAGACCCAGAGGAGAUUUCAGAGGACAUGCUGAUGUUCUGGAAAGGAAUUGCUGAUGUGGGUUUGAUGGAAGAAGUGGUCUGUAAUAUUCAGAAGGAGAUAGAGGAGGUGCUAAGAGGUGUGCAGCAAAGGCUUGCGCAGUCCCCUUUCCAGAUUACCGAUGCUGCUGUUCUAAAUAAUGUCGCUCAUACUUUUGGUCUGAUGGAUACAGUGAAGAGAGUGCUGGAUAACAGGAAGAGUCAAACAGAUCAGGGAGAGGAGCAAUUUCUUAACACUCUUGCAGUGCUCGAUCGCCAACUGGAAGAGCAGAAGAAGCUUGCCAGGAACCCAUCCAUUCAGAAUGUGGUCCUGAUGCCAGUCAGCACUCCAAAGCCUCCCAAAAGGCCCCGGUUGAAACGUCCGGCUUCAGCCACAGUUCUAAGCCCCUCGGCUCCCAUCCAGCAACCUCAAUUCACCGUCAUCUCGCCCAUCACCAUUGCACCCAUGGGACAGCAGUUUUCUGUUAGCAACAUUCCAAUGGCCACGAUCAGCCAGGGCUCUAGCCCAGUGACUGUCCACACGUUGCCCUCAGGCUCCCAGCUUUUCCGCUACGCCACUGUGGUUUCUUCCUCCAAAACCAGCUCUUCUGAUACAGUGACACUUCACCCAUCCUCAAGCUUGGCUCUGCUGAGCUCGGCGGCGAUGCAGGACAGCGGGGCUCUUGCUAACGUGGCCACUGUGGUGAAUCCUGUGGAACUGGUGGCCAUGGAGUCUGGCUUGACUUCUAGCAUCCAGGCUGUUGAGGGCACUUCAGAGGAUGGACAGACUAUCAUAGAAAUAGACCCGGCACCUGAUCCAGAAGCUGAGACUGAGGAAUCAGGGGGGAAAGCUGUGAUUUUGGGGACAGAACUGAGGACUGAAGAGAAGGUGGUGGCUGAGGUUGAUGAACAUCAGCAUCAGGUCCAUAAUGUAGAGAUUGUAGUCUUGGAGGACUAGUCAGCAAGCCAUCCUGUCAUGCUAAUUGAUUGUUCACCUCUCUACCUUUUCAUUUGUUUGACCCCCUUUUCCUUUUUACAGCCUUUCAGGUAAGUUUGCAUGAAUGCUGACGAUAAUUUUUAAGCAGUCGCUUUCUCUGGGGGGAAAGAGCAGGCUGUGCUUUCCAGGAUGAUGAUUGUUUGUGGGAAAAAGGAGAGCCACAAUUUCACCAGCCUAGUGAAAGGGAAACAAGCCUGUUAUUGUUCUGUGUGGAGGGAUGGCAGACCCAGAUUUGAAAUGAUGCUUCUUGGACUGUUUGUCUCAGAAACAAAGUGAGCCGACUACUGGAAAUUGAACUACUGGAUGAGAAUGGCCUUAAGACAAGAGCUACCUUAUGAUCUUUAGCUAUGACUCGCCCUAGGAAGGAGAGUCUGUGUCACUUACUGACUUUCCUAGCAUUUUGCUUUUUUGGAAGUGGCGGAAAAACAAAGCACCCUGACUUGAUUGAUCGAGUCACCAGCUCCACAUCAUCACCCUUCUUUGGAACGGCCUGUGCUUUUUUAAAAAUUUAUUUUCCGUAAGCCCUUUGCCCAUUUGUGGCUUCAAAAAUUGGGUUCUUGGCUCUUUCUUUUUGUAUCUUCUCCAGUGGUUUUUCUUUUCCUUUGGUUGUUACAAGAUUUCUAGGAAUUGUUUGCGCUUUAUGCAUGUGCAGACCCAUACAGGGAGAAACCAGGAAUCAAACAGACACAGCAUCCAAUAACUACCUGGCCUUCGAGUACAGAAUUGAUAACCUGAAUGUUCAAGAAUGGGUUGUCUGGUUACACGUUGGGAGAAUUGGGCUCAGUAGACAAGGCACACCUGCUAUUUACUUGGCACUCUGGGAAUCCGUACCAUACUGGCUUUUGUGUGUGUGUGUGUGUGUGUGAGCGCCUGCGUUUGAUGUUUAUAAUUUUUUGAAAAAGAAGAUUACAGGAGUCUAGAUGGCACAUCACUUCAGCAAUGUGACUGUCUGUUCUCCCUUUCCGUUGGGCUGGAUAUAUAUAUAUAUAUAUAUAUAUAUAUAGAGAGAGAGAGAGAGAGAGAGAGAGAGAGAGAGAAUCUUCUUUAAGGGAAGAGAAAGGAGUGGAAGAAGGGUUCUCUUCCUCAUCUUCCUCCUGGCCAUAACAUAGUGAUUAUGGUCUCGUCCUCCGUAUUUUAAGAAAUAAACUUAAAAUUCAGAGUUGGAAGGCUUGAAGAGUAAACCAAUUGAAUUAUUUUAAAGCUGCAGUUAAAAAAACACCACACGCUACAGG